ACCUGGACGCCUACUUUUACACCAAAUUUCCCGAAAUUUCAAGGGCGAGUACACCUUGAUGAAUAAACGGUGAUUCGAAAAUGACAUGUGCAUGUGAAAAAAUUAAUUGAAGAAAGGAAAAAUAGCGAAAUAAAUAUCCAAUAUUUUGCACCCGACGACCUAAAAACCAAAAUUGACCGACUCGCUUUCUUUUCAAGCUCUGAUUCAUUCGAUGCCCUUCCCACUAAAAUUUGUGCCCAGAAAAAUUACUAAAAGAAUAAAAGGUAAAAAAUUGUGGGUUUCUUGGAGAACAAAAGCAAGAAUUUGAGGGAAUGCAGAAUUAUUUGGUGCCCAAAUAAGAGAAAGGUGUUGCUAUGAAAGAGAAUUGUUCUAUGGUGGUUCUUGUGAAUCAAAAGGGCAGCUUGUGAGGACGUUUAAUAAAUCUAUGUAGAGAGAGAUUGGUAUUCAUAUUCAAGGAGUGGGUAUUGAUUUGUUUUGUAUAUAAAUGUCUGAAUUGGUGGCUCGGACGGGACGGCAGCAGCAGCGUUACAAGGACGGCUAUCGCCUUAUUGCCGGGUGUAUUCCCUUCAAGUGCAGCAAUGAUGUGGAAGAAAAUGGUGGUGACCCAUCUAAGAAGAUUGUUGAAGUACUAAUGAUAAACUCAAAUAGAGGACCUGGUCUCCUGUUUCCAAAGGGUGGAUGGGAAAAUGAUGAAACAGCUGAGCAGGCAGCACUCCGAGAAGCCAUGGAAGAGGCUGGAGUUCAUGGGGAUUUAGUGCAUUUCCUGGGAGAAUACUCGGGCAUAUCAGCAUCUUGUCCAGUGAGUUCUUGCACCAGGGACCUGAAUUCCGAGGCACUGGUUUUGAACUUAAUAGGGUUUGUUAUGUACACAACCUUGACUGGCUUUUUCUUGUUCUUGGGUUGUUUUGAUGCCUUUUUUUGAUUGACUGUGAGCAAUUUGUCCAUGCUGGUCGAUUUUUUUUUGUUUGAAAAUAAAAAGGGGCUUCGGAUUUAUAGAUUUGGAGGGAGGAAAAUGAGAUUUCCAAGAAAGGAAAAGAGGGGAAGAAGGGAAAAUGGAAAUUUAAAGUAUGAAACUGGAAAAAGAAAUAAAUGUGUUUUCCUUAUAAAGCUACUUGGAAAGUAUCCGAGUAUC